CUCACGUCUCCACCCGGAAGAGCAGCCGGCGCCGGGAAGUUGAAGCGGAGCGCGGCCCGGCGACCGCCAAGUGCGCCGGCCCAGCCGAGUCCACGGCUGCAGACCUGCCCAACGGAGACUGCGCGUCCCCGCGGCCGGUGGCGCCUCGAGCAGCACGUGCACGUGCACGUCCCGCCCUCGUUAGCUUCCUGGAGCGGUGGGUCAGCAGUGAAGACCCUGACCGGCCGGCCAGACCUCUCUGUGCUCCUGGGCCUCAGGAACAGCGAGUCCUCGACGACUUUUGACACUGCUUGUCAGCCAUAACCUAAAUUCAAGAUGAAUAGUGAUCAAGUUGCAUUGGUUGGUCAAGUGUUUGAGUCCUACGUUUCAGAAUACCAUAAGAAUGAUAUUCUUCUAAUCUUGAAGGAAAAAGAUGAAGAUGCUCAUUACGCAGUCGUGGUUAAUGCCAUGACCCUUUUUGAGACCAAUAUGGAAAUUGGGGAAUACUUCACUGUGUUCCCCAACGAAGUACUCACUGUUUUUGAUAGUGCACUGCAGAGGUCAGCCUUGACAAUUCUCCAGUCCCUGUCUCAGCCUGAGUGUGUUUCCAUGAAGCAGAAUCUUCAUGCCCGGAUAUCAGGUUUGCCUGUCUGUCCUGAGCUGGUGAGGGAGCACAUACCUAAAACCAAGGAUGUGGGACACUUUUUGUCUGUCACUGGGACAGUGAUUCGAACAAGUCUGGUGAAGGUCCUGGAGUUUGAGCGGGAUUACAUGUGCAACAAAUGCAAGCACGUAUUUGUGGUCAAGGCUGACUUUGAGCAGUAUUACACCUUCUGCCGACCCUCCUCAUGCCCCAGCCUGGAGAGCUGUGAUUCCUCUAAAUUCACCUGCCUCUCAGGCUUGUCUUCAUCUCCAACCAAAUGUAGAGAUUACCAGGAAAUUAAAAUUCAGGAACAGGUUCAAAGGCUAUCUGUUGGAAGUAUUCCACGAUCUAUGAAGGUUGUCCUGGAAGAUGACUUAGUGGACAGUUGCAAAUCUGGUGAUGACCUUACUAUUUAUGGGGUCGUAAUGCAGCGGUGGAAGCCCUUUCAGCAAGAUGUACGCUGUGAAGUGGAGAUAGUCUUAAAAGCCAAUUACGUCCAAGUAAAUAAUGAGCAGUCCUCAGGAAUCACCAUGGAUGAGGAGGUCCGAAAGGAAUUUGAAGAUUUUUGGGAGUGCUAUAAGAGUGAUCCCUUUGCAGGAAGGAAUGAAAUAUUGGCCAGCUUGUGCCCACAAAUAUUUGGGAUGUAUCUAGUAAAGCUUGCUGUGGCCAUGGUGCUGGCUGGUGGGAUUCAAAGGACUGAUGCCACAGGAACACGGGUCAGAGGUGAAUCUCAUCUUUUAUUGGUUGGGGAUCCUGGCACAGGGAAAUCUCAAUUCCUCAAAUAUGCAGCAAAGAUCACACCUAGAUCUGUGCUGACCACAGGAAUUGGAUCUACGAGUGCAGGUCUGACGGUAACUGCUGUCAAAGACUCAGGAGAGUGGAAUUUGGAGGCUGGGGCAUUGGUGUUGGCAGAUGCAGGCCUCUGCUGUAUUGACGAGUUUAAUAGCCUCAAGGAACAUGAUCGAACCAGUAUCCACGAGGCAAUGGAGCAGCAAACCAUCAGUGUUGCUAAGGCUGGUCUUGUGUGCAAGCUGAACACAAGGACCACCAUCCUGGCAGCAACUAACCCCAAAGGCCAGUACGAUCCCCAGGAGUCCGUGUCUGUGAACAUCGCCCUCGGCAGCCCACUCUUGAGUCGAUUUGACCUGAUCCUGGUUUUACUUGAUACCAAGAAUGAAGACUGGGAUCGAAUCAUUUCCUCCUUUAUCUUAGAAAAUAAAGGUUACCCAAGCCAAUCAGAGAAGCUCUGGAGCAUGGAGAAGAUGAAAGCCUACUUCUGCCUCAUUAGGAACCUGCAGCCCUCCCUGUCUGACGUGGGUAAUCAAGUUCUUCUCCGGUACUACCAGAUGCAAAGGCAGAGUGAUGCCCGGAAUGCUGCUCGGACAACCAUCCGCCUGUUGGAAAGCUUGAUACGAUUGGCAGAAGCUCAUGCUCGUCUGAUGUUUCGUAAUACCGUGACCCUGGAAGAUGCUAUUACAGUGGUGUCAGUAAUGGAGUCCUCAAUGCAGGGAGGUGCACUGCUGGGAGGUGUGAAUGCUCUCCACACUUCCUUCCCUGAAAAUCCCCGGGAGCAGUACCAGAGGCAGUGUGAACUUAUUCUGGAAAAGCUGGAGCUGCAGAGCCUCUUGAGUGAAGAGCUUAGAAGACUUGAAAGGUUACAGAAUCAGAGCAGGCACCAAUCUGAACCACACAUGACAGAGGCAGAGACUACUACAGGAUCCUCAAGAAAUGACUCAGAGCAAGAAACAAAUUUCAGAACCUCAACACAGCAGGAAAUGAGUUGUUGCAAGCAUACCUCCUCUCCUGGAGGCAGUGCCAGGGCAAACCCACUUCCGGAUCCCCCACUUCAUCUGGGGCCUAAUAGAUCAACAAGUAAGAAACGUUCAGCUGAGCCCAGAGAUAGCCCAGAUGCCAGUCUGGAGUGGUUUGACUUCAUGGCAGCUCAUCACGCUGAACCUGAAGAUACUGUUGUCAUGUCUCCUGAUCCAAAAACAACUGAGGGAAAGAUCUCUAACAACAAAUCUCAGGGUGAGACAGAUGCUGUGUGGAGGCCAGACAAAGUGAAGGGUCAAAAGGCAAAAUGCACAGCGCCACCAUCAGAAGCAGCUGCUUCUGCUGAUGGGCCGAACUCAGUGCUGACUCACCACGCCCCUAGGAGACUGCGAAUGCAGUGCAGGGAGAGGGCCCUGAAGCUGUACAGAAACAGCACCAGGGUGCCGUCCCCGUCCACGGUGCCCCCUCCUCCUCAGUCCAUCCCUGUACACAGCCCUGAAAGAGUGCUAGAAACUACCCAGAGAAAGAGGCCGAAAUCCCUUGCUCAAGCCGAACGAUCUGAACUUGAAAGCCUUGAGACUCCAGAUCCCCCUGUGGCCAAACUGGCAAAGUUUACUUUCAAAAAGAAGUCAAAGCUGAUCCACUCCCCUGCAGACCACAGCCAUGGGUCCCCUGGCACAACAAAAACAGCAGUUCAGAGUCCUCACACUUCCCGGCGCACAGCAAGAAGAGAAGCAGCUCUGCCUGUGAAGGGCUCAGAAGAGUCAACACCCCACUCGGGAGACAGAGUCUCAGAUCCUACACAGGAUAAGUCAGAGGAGGUGUCACAAGAGCCACCAGAGAAAGCUGGGUCAGGAGAAAGGAGGAAUGGUGCCUCUGAGAAGAGGGCUAUUCCUCAUGCCUCAGAGCUUGGAGACCAAACUGGGCACACUCAUUGUACUUGGGAGGGAGACAAAAAGGAGGAGUUUUCACGCAAUUAUAAAAGCAGCAGAGUUCAUGCUUGCACAUUGGCCAAAUUGGCAAACUUCUCCUUUACUUCCUCGUUGGAAUCCAAAUCAGAAUCCCCUCCUCCCCCUGAAAGGAAGAACUGUGGUGAGAGAGGCCCAAGCUCUCUUCCCACGACCACUGCUCCAGUGCUUGGCAGUAAGAGGAAAUCCUUUCAGCUCAAGGGCUCCACUGAGAAACUUAUUGUUCCCCCAAAAUCUCUCUUCACUUUAUCAGAACUAGAUGACGAAACAUUAGAUUUUGACUGGGAUAAAGAGAUGAGAAAAAAGUCAUAACUAUAAAAAGAUUUUUAGUCAAAUCUCACCUUCUGCAACUCAACAGAGUCCCUUCUGGGUAUCAAACGUGCUACUUAUAAAGGUACAGAACCACUGCGUAUUGAGUACCGUUCUGAAUCCCUGCUCCCCAUCAGGUUUUCUAGUUUCAGGUUUAUCUUCAUGACUUAAAAAGUUGUAUAAUCAGCUUAGGUCAGUGCGUUCCCAACACUUGAGUUGAAUUAAUAGAUCUUGUUGUAAAUGGAGUACUUGUAUACCUAAAGAUGUUUCUGGUUUUUUUUUUUUGUUUGUUUGUUUUUUGUUUUGCAGUUGUUUUGGCCAGGGCCGGGUUUGAACCUGCCACCUCUGGCAUAUGGGGCUGGCGCCCUACUCCUUUGAGCCACAGCCCCCAUCCCCAAUCAUUCUUUCAUUCAUUCAGGAAGAGAACACUCAAAAAUCUAACAAGGUGCCAGAUGAUUUAUUAUCAUUUGAGUGAUUUGCCAAAAUCAUGUGAUUUUUUUUUCUAAUAUUAUUUUUGUAUUAUUUGCAUGCAUUAGAUUAAAUGUGACUUAUGCUUUUCUUUCUUUGAGAGGAGACAUUCUUACAGUUCCAUGGUAUUCCCAAAGAUCUAGCAACUGGUCAAAUAGUAGCUUUCUGAAGUACUGACCUUGCAAGUUUUCUUUUCUUCUUGAGGCAAUAUUUUGUGCUUCAAGCUUCUUUUUUUCUCCCAGGGACCUACCUUCAACACAAAUCAUGUGGCUAGAAGAGGAGGCAAUGUGUGUCUCAGUCAUACCUCACAUCGCACUUGCCCCGGUGGAUAAUAUGGAAAUAUGACUUCUGUGAAGUAAUGAUUCAUUGUCUUGAAAUCCAAGCAAAUUAUGUGCUGGGUUUGAUAGUAAUAGAUAAUUCAAGCUUGGUCUUCCCAUGUGCUUUAAAAUCACUUAUUCCUUUGGAUUCUAGCAAGAGUUGUUAGGAUUCCAUACUUAAGAGGUUUUCUCUUCUGAAGUAUGACUUCAUCACUUGAUUGAUAGAUUCCUUAAUAGUCUGAGGGAUUUUUGGACAUGAAGAAUACUCAAAACUAUAUGUAAUUUGGUUAAUGCUCACUUUAUUAAAUUCAUUCAGAGAAAACAUAUUUAGGAAAUCCAAUUUUUCGUAAACAUUUAAACAUUAAUUCCAAAAUCAACUGAUUAGAUUUUCUGAAAAGUUUUAAACUGUGAGUAACAAUGUGGUAUGAAUGAGUCUUUUAAAGUCUUAAAAUAUCUUCAACCGCUCCUAAAAGAUACACAUAAGCCGCCAGGCGCAGUGGCUCAUGCCUGUAAUCCCACACUUCGGAGGCUGAGGUGGGUGGAUUGCCUGAGCUCACGGGUUCAAGACCAGCCUGAGCCAGAGUGAGACCUUAUCUCUAAAAAUAGCUGGGCAUUGUGGCAGGCAUCUGUAGUCCCAGCUAUUUGGGAGGCUGAGGCAAGAGGAUCUCUUAAGCCAGGAAUUUGAAGUUUCUGUGAGCUAUGAUGCCAUGGCACUCCCCCAUGGGUGACAGAGUGAGACUCUUGUUGCCAAAAAAAGCUACACAUAAGCAGUGAUGAUAAAAUUUAUCAUUGCAUAUUCACUUAUACCUAUUCUAAAAUUUUUAUGGCUUAAGUAACUAUUUCUGUAUGUGUUUAAUAAACUUCCUUGUAUUCUAUGAUUCUUAAUUUGAUAUAGUCCUAAUCUUUCAGUUUUGUUUUUCUGGGUUUCAGUGCUCUUACUAGAACUAAAGGAAAAUGAAAGUAUAAAGGUUUUUGAGUAGUUGAAUCUUGGUCUGAUUGUGUAGAUGAGGGUAAUUCAAACCUGAGCCGUAAUGGGGAACUGUUUUUUUUUUUUUUUUAAAUCUAUCUGUCUCUCACUCCCUCCCUCCAAAUAAGAGUGACCUUUAUUAAUGGUAAAUUUUUAAAUUCCUUUCUUAUUAAUUUUUGCUUUUGAAACUUGGCAUUUUAUGCAGUGAUGAUUUACUGGGUUUUGUAUGGCUGAUAGUACCUAACCUAUUGGUCUGUCAUUAAGGUAUUUUGAUCUGUUCUGUUAUUUAAAAUAUUUAUAUUUAUUAGGACCCUUGAUUCUAGAAGUUUCAUUUCUUAAUAAUGGGGGAUUUAAUUUUUGUAAUUAAUGUGUCUCUUUAAGAUACUUAAAGAUACUUAAUUCACAUUUUAAAAUGCAGUACUAAAUUGUCUCUUAUCCUUAGGUUUUGUAUAUGACUGCCUACGUCACCUCCUACCUGGUUAUUAUUUGUGCCCACCAUAUGUCCCAUUAUUUGUACUAAUUAAAUCAUCCCAUAUUUUAUUUAGUGCCUUCUGCCAAGAUCAUUUGGCCAAAAUUAUAAGACCCACAUAUAUGUGGUUUUUCUUUGGUGCUUACCCAGAUAGGAAUAACUAUGUAUCUAACUAUUAUAAACAGGCUGGGCAUGAUGGCUCAUGCCUGUAAUCCCAGCGCUUUGGGAGGCAAGGCAGGAGGAUCACUUGAGGCCAGGAGUUCAAGGCUACAGUGAGCUAUGAUCAUGCCACUGCACUAGAGCCUGGGCAACACAGACCCCUAUCUCAAAAAUAAAAUAUAAGUAAAUAAAUAUUAUAAACAGACAUAAUUAUUAGAAGAAGUUUUUAAAUACUCUGUACAGGUUGAAUACCCCUUAUCUGAAAUGGUUGUGACCUUUGGGAUUUAAUUUGGGGGGGGGAGGAUUUUGAAAUAUUUGCAUAACACUUAGAGUUACUGGUUGGUCAUCCCAAAUCUAAAAAUCCAAAAUGUAAAACAUUGCAACGAAUCUUUCCCAUGAGCAUCAUGUUCAUGUUGGCAGUCAAAAAGUUUUGGAUUUCGGAUUUUUGUUUUAGGAAUGCUUAAACUGUAUAAACACUGCCCUAGUUAAUAAAAAAUUCUGUCACCACCUGUUUUUGUGUUAUGACCCCCCCCUCACUGUGCUUGUAUUUAAUGCUCCUAGUUUCACAGCUGGGUCAAUGAGAAGUCCCUUCGUGUUAAGUCCAAUGUCCUUUUUUUUUUUUAAGCAUUCUGAUAUUUUUGGAAGUAUCCAUGCUAUCUGAAAACAACAGGAUGUUCCAGAUUCAUUUUGAUUUUUUCCUGCCCCAAGUCAUAGAAUCAGCUAUACUCUAGAUACUGUUUCCUUUAGAAGUCAACAGUUUUGGAGAUCAAACCCUGGGUCACUAGUGGGCAAAUGUUCUACUACUACUGUUGGGUCAUUUUUAGUUAUUUCAGAGCUGGAAAAUGUUUUAUGUCCUGUGGUCCCAUUUUGUCUUGCUGUAUCCUUAUUUUCUUACAGCUUGUGAUAUUAUGACCACUAACCCUUUCUCAUAUGUGGUCUUUAAUAUGUGUAUCAAGGAAGUAUUUAGGUAUCUUGGGGGCAAUAUGUGUAGUCUAAAAGAUCGUAUGUCUGCUCAGUAAAUUGUAAAACAUAACCUUUAAUUCAGAAUCAACUUGCCAAAAUAUUUUUAUUUCAGACCAGUGGGCUCCUUGAAAACACUUAAGAUGUGUAAAAUUAUUUAAACACAAUAAAAGCCAUACUUAAUUUUCUUCGUGAGAAGACCAAACCAGAAUUUAAAUUCUAUUAUAUCAUAAAAACAUGGAAUUUUCUGACUAUAAAAGAUUAUUACUCUUCAUUGUAUAUUUCUGUAGUAUUCUAAAAGUUACAGUAAGAAGGAUUCUGUUGUAAUUCUGGUGUCUUACAGAAAAACAGGCAAAAUAAGCGCAUACUGUUCUGAUAUCCUUAACUCUGGCUUAAUUCAACCAAAAUUUUGACAUUUUUUAAGGUAUACCAAAACUUUAAUAAUAAAGAUCCAUUCUUGGCUGACAAAUUGAAAUUCUAACAAACCUAUGUAUUCUUCACAUGCACUUGAUUUCUGUCCCUCCCCCCAAGUGCUGACUCCCCUGCUUAACUGCUGGAAUACUAGAGAAAAUCUUCGGUCACCCACAAGGAGGAGCCCUAUAACUCUCCUUCAGCCAAGUUCAGAACUGACAUACUUCGGAAGUCAUCGUCACUGGGGUGCUGAGACCUGUCCCACGCCUAUCUGCCUCACAGUAUGGG